GGAUAACAUUUUCCAGCUCCAUGUAGCCUAUUGCAGUGAUCCGACUUAUCAUAAUUGCGCUAAAUUCACGCUUGCCGUGCUUUUUUCUCUCUCCAUAUUUUCAGUUUAUUCCAUAAUUUGCUCAAGAAAAAAAUCCGAAAUUUGUUCGCGUCGCGGGAAAAAGUUUAAGCGAACAUAAUUUCAUUAAAAGGGAGAAAGAAAGCAAAAAAAGCGAACCUCACGACACAAGUUACCCCAAACUUGGAUAAUUCAAUCAACGCCCCCAUUUUACGAGCGUCUGCGUGAGGGUUCGCACUCUGAUGGUACUCUGAAGGCAUCCGUUCAAUUUUAUUACUUACGUAUUUGUUUACAUUUAUUGUACAAUAAUGGAUUACGUCGUACGUAGUGAUUUUUAUUAAACCCUAAUUACUCGGUCAUUUUCUUCAUGGACUAUAUAGUGUGGUGCAGUAAUCCAGUGUACGAAUUCUCAUGAUGUGCUCUUUCGUUUCGCCAGAACGAUGGAACACUUCCGCAUCUAAUAAAUUUAGUCGCAACAGUGUUUGAUAAAAUAGAAAUAAAAGACAUGAAAAAUGAGAAACGCAAUCCCGACCAUGCACUUGAACUUCUUGGAAUGUGCAACAACGAUAUUGCAACGACGAACACAAUGUAAUUUGAAAUAAUUUCGGGUAUUUUCGAAUGAUUUAUAAGUGGUAAGAGAGAAAAUGCUAAAAUUAUGUUCAACCAAAAAACGAAAUCUACGCGAGGAGGCGGUAAGGCAGCGGACGACGCAAAUGCUGCUGCUGCAUCAUCAUCGUCAUCGUCCAAAGGCUUGCUAUCAUUUAAUACGAGUAACUUUACGAAAUUGUUAAAAAAUUCAACAAAUUUCGUGCAAUCGACUUUCGGAAGUGGUUCCGCAUCACAAUCACAGCCACUGUCUCCGGCCAGCUGCCAUGCGGCAGCAUCAUCUAGUACCGAAGUAACCGAGCAAUCGUUUACAAUUCCAUCCAUCAAGAAACGGAACGAUGCAUCAAAUGCACCGAAAAAACAACAACGAGAUAUUUUAUCAACGCCAGUUUUAAUCCAGCCCAUAUCAAUGACGAACGCUUCUUCAGCACUCGCCAAUCUAUCAUCUUAUAAGAAAAUAGGCAACGACGAUUGCACAGCAACAACAGCUCUGGUGCCAAAGGCAUUAGUAGCGAACGGUGCUCAUAAACCAUCAAUGCCCGUUGUAACAGUGACCGUUUCAGCAGCUAGCAAUCAAAAGCCGUCGUCAUCUUUAUCGCAUGCUCGAAAUUCAAUCGCCAACACAAUGAUCACAUCAGCAACGAAGCAGCACAUUGAUUCGCAACAAAAAACCAAGCCACAAACGACGACGACGACGUCGACCGAUGCUAAAUUGCAGAAUCCACAAAACGUUUCAGAUAAUAAUACAUUGGCGCAGCCAGCACGUUCACCAGCAGCAGCUGCUGCAAAAAAUAAGAUGAAUGCAAAUAUUCUGUUUGAAACGGUAAAAAUGAGCAAACAAACCGGCAACGUCGACGACGACGACGACCCGGCUGCCACAUCGACACCUUCAACACCAUCGACAAGAGCCAUCGCACAAUCAUCUUCAAUUUCGUUGAAUUUGCUUGACUACAGCAAAAAUUCCCCAAUUCCGAGUGGCAACCACAUAACAAGCAUCGUUACAAAAAAUGACAUGGAUGAAAAUAUCAACAAUGAACCAAGUGGUACGAAUGAAAAAACAUCACAGCCAUCAUCCAUCCAAAAUAUAAUGGAUAAUGAGUUGAUCGACGUACGGUAUUCGUUGGAACGUAAUCCAAGAGAAAGUGGCAAUGCUGCUGCUGCUGUUACAUUGUCAAAUAAUCGAAUGAAAGCCAUAUCAAUGAAUGUAAUGCCACAAAUAUCAUCAGCUGCAAAGCAUUUUUCCACAUCAAACGGUUCGGCUGAUUCCACAGUGAAACCCAUGAACAUUUUUGCAUCAGUGGGCCAUCAAGCAACAUCAAUACACCAAAAAUAUUACAAGCAAAUCAACGAUAAUGGUAUGAGUGCUUUUGCCUCACGAAAAAAUACUAACGCACUGGAAACGGAUGUGUUAAGCAUGGACGACGAUGUGGAUAUUUCGGCGAAUAUUGUGUGCAAUAAUAAUUUAGAUUACCAUUUGGAUGAAUUGCAUCAAAUGAACAAUGCCAGUGAUAACCCGUUCAAAAUAGCAACGAUGGCAACGAGUAGCAAAUUUUCUGCCGUCGAUUUGCUCGCGCACACCACGGACUCGAAUUCAAAGACUGUCGAAAAUAUUUAUGCAAAUUGUGUGAUGAUGCCGAUGAAAUCGGCAAAUUUAGAUAAUUACCAACAGCAGCAGGAUACUAAUGAAAAUGUUAUUGCAGCUGGUGGAGCGGACGCGCUCGAUGAUAGCAUCGAAUCAGCGGCAGCCGAUGGUCCAAAUAAUAAUUAUAGUAGCAGUAGUUGUUGCGUGAAUUUUAUGAAUAGCGAUAGUUCGAAUGUCUGUAGUAACAAUAACGCUCCAAUUAAAAUUGAUCAACCAAACAUAUCGAAUGGUGAUAAGUACGACGACAGCGACGACGACCGCGGUGGGGAUGACGACGACGACGACGACGACGACGAUGAUGAUAAUGGUGGGAAGAUUGGUGCAACCGCCACAGUAUCAUACACCACAAGUGAAAGUGCGAAUAAAAUGACACACAGUAUCACAACACUGAGCUCAUUCAAUCAGAAUUGUUUUAUACCAAAAUCAUAUGAAAUGUACGAUAUCCUCGAAGAAUCGGACGAUGAUGAGCGUUCGAAUUUAUUUCGCUUCAAUCGAUGGAAUUCGUCGUGUUCAUUGUUCGUGCCAAAGAGUCAAGUGUCGGUGUCAUCGUCGUCUUUUGCCGCCGCAAUUGCCUUUGCACAUGAAAUGGAUUCACCAAAUCGUAACCCAUUUUUGCAAUUAAUUGCGAUGUCACCAAGCUUGGGUGGUAUUGACGCCGCAGCCCCUUCUGAAACACAAACGAUUACAACGACCUCGACCAAAUCACCAAUCGUCAUCACUGGAUCCGACUCACAAUUAUUCUCCGAAAGACAAAAAAAUUCCGUUGGCAUUGCGGCGCCAUUAAUUUCAUCCGCAUUUAACAAUAAUGACCAAAGCGAUGUUUGUAUGGCAUUUAAAUCGACGGACAAGUGUUUGACAUCAUCCACAUUAAGCAUAUCAAACUGUGCGAACGCCUGGAAUGAUUUCGCAGCAAUGCCAUUGUCGCCUCCUCCACCGCCGCCACCACCACUUUCCUCCUCAUCGUCGUCGUUAUCGAUGCUAUUGCUGCCUCACGAAUCACAAUCGUCCUCGCAGACAAAUGGCUUUAUCGAGCAAAACGAUUUUCAAUUGAAUGAUGUCGCCACCACUUCGAAUUCAACAGCCACUGCAAAAAAUCACAUUAGUUCCGAUGUGAUGGAUACCAUGUUGCUGUUUCUAAAGGAGCACGGCAACCAGUACAUUAAGCAAUUUAUGCAGGAAUUUUCAACGCUUACAAAGGAACUGACGCAAGCCAGAGAAACACUACUGGAACGUGAUGAGGAGAUAGCUGAACUGAAAGCCGAACGGAAUAAUACACGGCUACUUCUCGAGCAUCUCGAAUGUUUGGUGUCGCGACACGAACGAUCGCUACGUAUGACUGUUGUAAAACGGCAAGCAGCUGCUCAAAGUGGAGUCUCCAGCGAAGUUGAAGUACUGAAGGCGCUCAAAAGUCUAUUCGAACAUCAUAAAGCUUUAGAUGAAAAGGUGCGAGAACGAUUGCGAGUGUCACUUGAGAAAAAUUCAACGCUUGAAGAAGAACUCAAUUCAACCAAAGAUGAGUUGCAACAAUAUAAAUCGGGUGCAAUUCAACUCUCAAACCAGAGCGAUGGCUCAAAGGAGAACCAUGACGGAGAAAAGGGUGUUGGACAAACAGUCAAUGGCGAAAUUGACUCGGUUGAUUAUUCGGCCAAAACGCAUGAACUGCAAACAAUCAUUGAGAAACAGACUGCCGAACUGUCACAAUGGCAACGCCGGGUAUCCGAUUUGAAUAACAAAAUCAGUGAGCUCGAAGAGAAUUUAUCGAAAAUUCAAAAGGAAUUUUCCAAAGCACAAGAUACGUGUUCGAAAUUGCAACGUGACUUACGCGAAAAUGUUGCCCAGAAGGAGGAUCAAGAGGAGCGUAUUGCAACAUUGGAGAAACGCUAUUUGCAUGCACAACGUGAAUCGACAUCGUUGCAUGAUCUGAACGAAAAACUGGAACAAGAACUGCGGCACAAAGAAGCACAAUUGAAAUUGCAAGACGAAAAAAUCGCUGCCAUUCAAGAGAAACUCGAAUUGUCCGAACAGAAAUUGGCACAAUUCUCCAAGUUACCCGAAAUGGAAGAGCAAUUGAAAGCCCGCAUGGAGGCUCUCAAUCAGGUAGGAUCACAGGCACAAGAACGACAGGGAUCGGCUGAAGAUCGGAUCAAUCGACUGGAAGUGCAGGUCGAUGAGAAAAAUACCGAAGUGUUGCGUUUAAAUCAACGCCUCAAAAUGAAUGAAGAGCAUAAUGCGCGCCUAUCAUCGACCGUUGAUAAAUUGCUGUCCGAAUCGAAUGAUCGAUUGCAGGUGCAUUUGAAAGAGCGUAUGCAUGCAUUGGACGAAAAGAAUUUGUUGCAACAAGAAUUGGAGAAGGCACGAAAAAUGGCCGAAGAGCUGCAUCAUGAUAAAACGGAUAUUGUCAAAGAACUGUCCAAGACACGCUUGGAAACGGAGAAUUUCAAACGGCAAUUACUGCAACAAGAGAUUGCAUUUAAUAUCCAACAAACUGAAGCGCUUACCCGUAGCCUAUCGCCAAGCAAUGUUACAACGGUCGAACCGAACAGCUUUACACGCAGCACAUCGUCGCAUACCAACUUUGAUACUCAUUCAUUGCGACGCAACAAACGGCUCGAAGAGGAACAAGCGUAUGCACGCAGCUUGGCCGAACAGGAAUGGGCAAAGAUGCCAUCCGCACAUAGUCUUGCACACGUUCAACCCGGUUUCGAUGUUCCCACGGAGGUCGAUGAUGCGGAAAGUUUGUUCAGUACCGCUGAAAUAAUGUCACCAACGGGACACACCGAUGCACAAACGCUGGCCAUGAUGCUACAGGAGCAAUUGGAUGCCAUAAACAAUGAAAUACGUUUAAUACAGGAAGAGAAACAGUCAACGGAGGCGCGAGCCGAAGAGCUUGAGUCACGCGUCGGCAGUUUGGAGCACAUGAAUUUGUUGGCGCGUGGCCGUUCAAUGGAUCGGGAUCGUCAAAGUCCGCCAUUAAGCGGACGCAGCACACCAAACAGUCCAAAUCGUGAUUAUUUACACAAAUAUCAUACGGCACCGGCAUCAAUGUCACCAGCCCAUCUUCAUCAAUACGUGGCUUCGAUUAGCCCAGGACAAUUAUCUGAAUCGCUUCCAUCGAGCCAGCUUAAUCUUCCGGCACUGUCUGCGGAUAUAUCGCGCGAUGAAAUCCAUGGAAUGUCAUCGACAGGCGGCGAUUCGAGUUCAGGUGGUGCUGCUUCACCGCUCACCGCUCGUUCGAUGCGAUUGGAACGGGUUGCUCAAGCAUUAGCUCAUAGUCAAGAGGAGUUAAGACGACGCUCAAUGGGAUUGCCACCAGUGCAAGGACAUAAUAAUUUAAGGUUAACUAACACCGGCAAUUUGUAUCAAAAUCACAACUUUAGCAGAGUUGGAAGUUCAAAUUUUGGACCAUCGCCGCUUAGUUCGCGUCACGGAAGCCAAGAAUCAUUACGACAUCUCAAUACCAUGGGAUCGAUGAGUAUGCUUCAAACACCGACAUCCAGUGUUUGUCGUGAUCAAGUGUCGGCCGCACAAAAGAAGAAGAGCAUCAAAUCGAGUUUGGGACGAUUUUUCAGUAAAAAAGAAAAGGUAAAGGGUGUUAAGGAUUCCAUGCCGGAUGGUUCGGCGAGCAUGAUGUCUAUGAGCGGAUUAUCGUUGAUAAGCGAUAUAGAUUCCAACUAUGAUACGUUGAGCAUGUCGGGCGGUGCUAGUCGUAUUAGCAGUAAAUCAGUUGAUUAUGGUCGCCAGAAGAAGAAGGACCACGAUUAUCGCCAUGAUUUACUCGGCGAAGCAAUGAAAGCUGGUACACCGUUUGCACUGUGGAAUGGACCGACGAUUGUUGCGUGGCUUGAGCUAUGGGUUGGAAUGCCGGCUUGGUACGUGGCCGCAUGUCGAGCAAAUGUCAAAUCCGGUGCGAUUAUGAGCGCACUCAGUGAUACGGAGAUUCAACGGGAAAUCGGUAUCAGUAAUCCAUUGCAUCGCUUAAAACUACGGUUGGCCAUUCAAGAAAUGGUUUCACUUACAUCACCGUCGGCUCCGCAAACAACACGAACAACAUUAGCGUUUGGUGACAUGAACCACGAAUGGAUCGGGAAUUACUGGUUGCCAACCAUUGGUUUGCCGCAAUAUCGAACAACAUUCAUGGAAUGCUUAGUGGACGCCAGAAUGUUGGACCAUUUGACAAAGAAAGAUUUGCGCGGCCAAUUGAAAAUGGUUGAUAGCUUCCAUAAAACUAGUUUGCAAUAUGGUAUUUCGUGCCUGAAACGCUUAAACUAUGACCGCAAUGUAUUGGAAGAGCGACGAAAAGGAUGCGAAAAUAUUAUUGCCGACGUUCUUGUAUGGAGUAAUGAUCGAAUCAUCAAAUGGAUCUCAAGCAUCGGACUGAAGGAAUAUGGUAACAAUCUCUUGGAAUCAGGUAUCCAUGGUGCACUAAUUGCCCUUGACGAGAGUUUCGAUGCAACCGCUAUGGCUUUGGCAUUACAAAUACCAACACAAAACAUCCAAGCUCGACAGACGCUAGAAAUAGAAUUUGCAAACUUAUUGAAAGUUGGAACUGAGCGACGACCGGAAGCAGAGCAGUUGAAUAAAUCCUGAUCCAACGCAAGCCUUAGCACCUUGAGCGAUGAAUAAAAACAUCAAUUUUCGUGUCCAGAAAUAGGCGUUGGGUGCUUAGGCCGGUGAAGUGCAAACUCCCAUCGAUUCGAAUGGGACGAGAAAAAAUGGCUUAUGUACUUGCCAUGCAAAAACAUUGAAAAAAAAACAAUACAAAAGAAACAUUUGAGAGAAAACAACAAAUUCACAACAAAAGUCAUUUGUGAUUCCGUAAUUUACACAAUAAAUAAUCUAAUAUUAUACAGAAGCGUAUACAAAGCAUAGUUGAAGACAAAUGUUACUAAGUUGGAAUAAACAAAAAUGAGUAAACAUAAGCAUGACCAAGAAUGCACAAAUUUUUUAUUGUCACUUGACAUUGACGCGAUAUUUCAUACAAGACGACAGAACGUUCUGAAAAGAAACAAACUGAGAAAGAAGGAGAAAAAAACAAAGUUUUUUUUGUAUACAAUUUUUAUGUAUAUUUAUGUACAAGCUUAGGUUAUUCUUCUUUUCGGUCUUUUUUUUUCAAGUCGAUUCAAUUCGGCAUUGAUUCAUUCUUGAUUGAAAAACGAAUUAUUUUGUGCUAGUAAAUUAUUCGCACAUUGACAAUUCAUCCAGAACAUUUUCCGUUUUUUUUUUCUCGAUAGAUUUACUACUGAAGAAAUGAAAUUAGUACAACUAAGUCAUAACAAUAAAAUAAAGAAAAAAGUGUUAAAUUCACAAAGCAUUCAUUUAAAAUAGAUAAUUAAAGACAAGUUUUAUUUAUUAACUUUACA